UGUUCCGUUCAGCUAAUCAUCAUUCAACGACGCUUUACUUGGAAUUCACCAAAUGCUUCCUCAGAAUUUCCGUACGUCGAGGUUAGCGGGACAUUUUCAAAGAUCUUCAACCACUUGGUCGAGUUAAUAGUGAAAUGGGCACGGCCAAUCAUCGGGAGGGUCAAUUACGACACGGCAUCGAAUACCAGGAGGAUUUUAAUCCUCACACACGUGAUUCCGAGCGAGAGUAAAGUCCUCGGAAACAUUUCGCGUGGUUGGCGAGUCGUUCGAGCCGCAAAGAACGGCGAGGAGAGAGAGAGGGAAAAAGAAGAGAGCGAGAGCGAGAAAGAGAGUGUAGGACGUGAAUUCUUCGUUCUUCUGUGAUUCGGGUCAGUCGUCUCUCUCCUCGCAGUCCGGUGGACAAUUUAUCGUCGACGAGAAUGAAAUUUUGUUCGCAAACAUCGCUUACGGUUCGUACCUGAAAGAGCAACAUGAAAUUCUCCCAGUUCACAACGAACCGGUCGUCUUCUAUGUCACAUGAAUUAUCGUGAUAUUUUUUCCUCGCCGAUCUUGUCACGUUCAAACGUCCCGUAAUUCUAUUUUUCUUGCUCACUUUACCGAUCAAGUGUGCGCGGCUGUGUAUGUGUGUGUCUUCGCUCGUGUACGGUGAAAAAAAAACGACAAAACCAGUUCCCAAGUUUUCCCAGCUGUAUUCAAGCUCUACAUGGACGGAAUAGGAAAAAACAACGAUUAUCGCAUCAUGGGUCAGAGUGAGUAUACGAGCGAGGCGUCAAGCACGUUUUUCUAGUGGAGCAUACUUUUUCUUCUUCGUAUACUCCCUAAACAUAUUUGUGCACGUCUAUUUGGAGGAGUUGCGUUUGAAAAAUGGAAAUCGAUCGCUGGAAAGGAAAAUGUACGAGUGACAAGUUGAAGGAUGAAUCCGUCUUUGGAUACGGCACCAGCAUCCCACCGAACAACAACGAACAUCAGGAUUCUGACAACUCCUCGAAAAGGGUCAUUUUCUGCGUUCAUGGAAAAUUGUCAGGAUGUUGCACCGUCGUUAAAGGCCUCGGCAGCGACGAGAUGCCUUCGGACUAUGAAAAAAGUCCCAGUCACUUCGAGGAUCAUUGUCACAGGGAUCGAGACGAGGCGAUCGACAAAAAAGCACGAAAGAAGCUCAUCAUCGCCUGUGUUCUGUGUGUCAUUUUCAUGAUAGCAGAAAUAAUUGGUGGUGUUUUGUCCAACAGUUUGGCAAUAGCGACAGACGCUGCUCACUUGCUCACCGAUUUUGCGUCGUUUCUCAUCUCAUUGUUCUCGAUAUGGGUGUCUGCGAGGCCGGCGACGAGGAAAAUGCCCUUUGGUUGGUACCGAGCCGAGGUGAUCGGUGCUCUUACGUCAGUCCUCUUAAUUUGGGUGGUCACAGGAAUCCUGUUGUAUCUCGCAGUGGAGCGUGUAAUUCACGAAAACUUUGAUCUCGAUGCAGGCAUCAUGUUGAUCACGUCGGCGGUCGGUGUUGCGGUAAAUCUCAUCAUGGGAUUGACCCUUCAUCAACAUGGCCACAGUCACGGCGGUGGACACGGCCACAGUCACAGUCAUGGCAAGGCUUCCGAGGCUCAUGGAAAAGACGAAAAAACUAAUAUCAAUGUCAGAGCAGCGUACAUUCACGUUCUUGGUGAUUUCAUUCAGAGCACCGGCGUCUUUGUUGCUGCAUUAAUUAUUUAUUUCCAGCCGAGCUGGAGACUCGUAGAUCCGAUUUGUACGUUCCUCUUUUCGAUCCUCGUGCUCUUCACGACAAUCACAAUAAUAAAAGACGUUAUGAACGUUCUUAUGGAAGGAACUCCAAAAGGUUUCGAAUAUUCUGAGGUAGAAACUACCUUCAUGCAAAUUCCUGGUGUUGUAAAGGUUCACAAUUUGCGAAUGUGGGCUCUUUCCCUCGACAAGACUGCACUUUCGGCCCAUUUAGUUAUAACUCCGGGCUCGAGUCCUCAAGAAAUUUUGCGCACAGCAACAAGAAACAUUCACGAUCGUUACAGUUUCUUUGAGAUGACGUUGCAGAUCGAAGAAUUCAAUGAGAAAAUGGAAAAUUGCAAACAGUGCAAAUCACCGCAACAGUAAAAGAAAUGAAUGAUGGUUCUCCCUCAUUUUUGUAAAUACAACUUUCAAUUAUCGAGUAUUUGUACAUUUGUAUCAACGCAUUUCAACCUUUUCAGCCCUGUUCUGUUCUCUUUGUUUUUGUCACAAUAUUUCUGAGAUUAACACAAAAAAUGCUGGGGUAAUUAUCCAAAAAGUGUUCGCGAAACCAUAUUUUACGAUUAUUAAACUCAAAUUAUACUCCAGCGAUGAAGUCAUUAAUCGUUUGUUUAUUUGUAAGUCACUACUACGUAAGAACAAUUUUUCUCAUAUAAGAUUAAUUCUUCUCACAACAGUAUAUUUUCUGUUCCAUUUAUAUGUAGCAUUCUGGUAACUAGCAAAAAAAAAUCAUCCAUCUGUCACCAAGUCGAAGUAAUGACUUUGAGAGUUGGAUUUUUGAAGUUGUCCAAUGUGCUUUUCUUUGCACAGACUGUGGUUUUGUAAAAUCAGAAUGACUGCUUUUGCCAUGGAGUAUUUAAAUAGUCCAGGAUUACUAUUUCAAUUCUAAGAAUAUAUAGAAAAUUUCUGCUUCGGAGGCAAUAAUUAAAUGAAGAAGUAACAACGUUGAGUUUAUUUUUCCUGCAAUUUGUGAAUAGUUAAGGUUUCUUGUUGAUUCUGGUUAGCACAAAUAAAAGUAACUAAUUUCUCAUUUCAAACAAUCACUUUAACAAAAGUUGGUAAUUUGCAUGUUGAAGAUUUAAUGUUGAAAUUUUAAAAAUAUUUGGAAAAUUUUUGUAUGUGCAUACAAGCAAUUAAAAUAAGUAGAACCUGCGAAUCUGUUUCGUUUUUUUCAUCUUCGUUUUGUUGUGGAGUUAAUUUUGUUAAACGAGAAUAAUUUAAUGUUCAAUAUAAAUUUCAUGAAGAAUAUCUUCAGAAACAGAGAACGAUAAGAACGUUGAAGAUUUGAGGUUAGAAUUGUAAAGAAGACGAUACCCAAGAAUCCUCAUUUUGGAGCUAUUAUUUCGUUUGACUUAUCAUCGAGUGAAAUGAUUGAACUCGAAGAUGCAUUAACUGACAAUGCAACGUUCAAUUACAAUUAUAUAUGCACGAUCAUUAUGAAUAGAAAACAUAUUUUUGUCCUUAUACGGUGCAAAUUAAUGAGAUAAAUUCAAAGUCACUCAAGUAUUGUAGAGUUCCCCCGCCAUUCAAAUGCGUCGAAAAGUCUGGUUAACUUUACGAACCUCGCAAUAAAAAAUAUGCAUUGUACGUCGUUAUAAAAACAGUGUAGUAAGGUGUUUUUUGUCCAUCCGAUUGAUCAUCCGUCAUUUUCUGUUUGUAUAACUUCGAAUCGAAUGUAUAAAGCAAUUGUGAAUUAACAAGAAAAAUAAAACACGCGUCAAAUUACUGUUAUAUUUAAUAAUAAAGCUUUAUUUCAUAGUUUCAUGCAA